CUCUGCUAAAUUGUCUCCCUCCAUUCCCCCUUCCCUGCCCCUCUUCCCGAUCCGUUUACUAGGGAAAAUACAUUUCGAUACUCUACGACGACCAGAAGCACACUCUCCUCCGCAUCGGGAAGCUCGAACGGCCCUCAACAUACCUACCUACCUACCUUCCGAUAUCCUAUCCCACCCAUUCUCCGGCCUCUACUUCUUUCCCUCAGUCUAGCGAGAACUUUACAACAAAUACACCGUCGCAAUGUCGCAAAGUCACGCUCUUUCCGAUGACCAGGUCGCGGGCGAGCUCCGCAAGAUGACGGCCUUCAUCCGCCAGGAAGCGGUGGAGAAGGCCCGUGAGAUCCAAUUGAAGGCCGACGAGGAGUUCGCCAUCGAGAAGUCGAAGCUGGUCCGCCAGGAGACCGCCGCCAUCGACACCCAGUACGAGAAGAAGUUCAAGCAGGCCGCCAUGUCCCAACAGAUCACCCGCUCCACCCUCGCCAACCGCACCCGGCUGCGCGUUCUCUCCGCUCGCCAGGAGCUCCUCGACGAGCUGUUCCAGCAGGCCCGCGAGCAGAUCUCCGGCAUCGCCGCCAAGGACGCCGACAAGUACCAGACUGUGCUGAAGGGCCUGAUCCUCGAGGGUCUGUACGCCUUGAACGAAGAGAAGGUUGCCGUGCGGUCGCGCAAGCAGGACUUUGAGACCGUCAAGAAGUCGAUCGGGGAGGCGGAGAAAGAGUUCCAGGAGAAGGUCGGCAAGGAGGUCACUGUCGAACUGGAUGAGGAGGAGACUUUGCCGGAAGGAUCUGCUGGUGGUGUCGUGAUCGUUGGCGGCCAGGGCAAGAUCGAGAUCAGCAACACCUUCGAGGAGCGACUGCGCCUCCUGGAAAUUGACGCCCUUCCCGCCGUUCGAGAGACACUCUUCGGAAAGAACAUUAACCGUAGGUUCUAUGAUUAGGGUGUUGGAGCUUUUCAAUUGGAAACCCGCAUUAGAAACAACUGAUCUUACUGUAUUUCGCCCCCAUUGCGCACCACAACACCCCUUGUAUCUAUUUCUGCUCCUUCGCUGAAGAUCGUUCUAGCUCUGUAUACAGGCCCUCACUCUUCGUCUUUUUGUUUUUCGUGUCUGUCUGGAGUUCAAUUCGAGCCGAAUGAUGAUUUACGCUUCCCCCCGUCUCUUGUGCUCUCUAGGUGCUAUAGAACUGGUGUGAUAACUGCGAUAAUGCCUCGUACUCCGAUAAAGGCACUCAUAGGCGCUAAAGGAGAGUUGAAAGUUGAUUCUUCUUGCAAACAUCUAAAUUU